UCCCGCCCGCGCUUCCUCCAAGAUGGCGAGCGGCGGCAGUGGGGGGGUUUCGGUGCCUGCGCUCUGGAGCGAAGUGAACCGUUAUGGCCAGAACGGUGACUUCACGCGCGCUCUCAAGACCGUCAACAAGAUUCUGCAGAUCAACAAAGAUGAUGUAACUGCCCUACACUGUAAAGUGGUAUGCCUUAUCCAGAAUGGAAGUUUCAAGGAAGCCUUGAAUGUCAUCAAUACUCAUACGAAAGUGUUAGCCAAUAACUCUCUUUCUUUUGAGAAGGCAUAUUGUGAGUAUAGGCUGAACAGAAUUGAGAAUGCCUUGAAGACAAUAGAAAGUGCCAGCCAGCAAACAGACAAACUAAAGGAACUUUACGGACAAGUGUUAUACCGGUUAGAGCGCUAUGAUGAAUGCUUAGCUGUGUAUAGAGAUCUUGUUCGAAACUCCCAAGAUGAUUAUGAUGAAGAGAGAAAAACAAACCUUUCAGCAGUUGUUGCAGCUCAAAGCAAUUGGGAAAAAGUGGUUCCGGAGAACUUGGGCCUCCAAGAAGGCACACAUGAAUUGUGCUACAAUGCUGCGUGUGCACUGAUAGGACAAGGCCAGCUGAGUCAGGCAAUGAAAAUCCUACAAAAAGCUGAAGAUCUUUGCCGCUGUUCAUUAUCAGAAGAUUCUGAUGGGACUGAGGAAGACCCACAGGCAGAACUGGCCAUCAUUCAUGGGCAGAUGGCCUAUAUUCUGCAGCUUCAGGGUCGUACAGAGGAGGCUUUGCAACUUUACAAUCAGAUAAUAAAACUAAAGCCGACAGACGUGGGGUUGCUAGCUGUGAUUGCAAAUAACAUCAUUACCAUUAACAAGGACCAAAAUGUCUUUGACUCCAAGAAGAAGGUGAAAUUAACCAAUGCAGAAGGAGUAGAGUUUAAGCUUUCCAAGAAACAGCUGCAAGCUAUAGAAUUUAACAAAGCUUUACUUGCUAUGUACACAAACCAGGCAGAACAGUGCCGAAAAAUAUCUGCCAGUUUACAGUCCCAGAGUCCUGAGCAUCUCCUGCCUGUGUUAAUCCAAGCUGCGCAGCUCUGUCGUGAAAAACAGCACACAAAAGCGAUAGAGUUGCUUCAGGAAUUUUCAGAUCAGCAUCCAGAAAAUGCAGCUGAAAUUAAGCUGACCAUGGCACAGCUGAAAAUUUCCCAAGGUAAUAUUUCCAAAGCAUGUCUGAUCUUGAGAAGCAUAGAGGAGUUGAAGCAUAAACCAGGCAUGGUAUCUGCAUUAGUGACCAUGUACAGCCAUGAGGAAGAUAUUGAUAGUGCCAUUGAGGUCUUCACACAAGCUAUUCAAUGGUAUCAAAGCCAUCAGCCCAAAUCUUCUGCUCAUUUGUCCUUGAUAAGAGAAGCUGCAAACUUCAAACUCAAAUAUGGGCGGAAGAAGGAGGCAAUUAGUGACCUAGAACAGCUAUGGAAACAAAAUCCAAAAGAUAUUCAUACCCUGGCGCAGCUUAUUUCUGCUUACUCACUUGUAGACCCUGAGAAAGCAAAAGCUCUUAGUAAACACUUGCCCUCGUCAGAUAGCAUGUCUCUAAAAGUAGAUGUCGAGGCUCUUGAAAAUUCUCCUGGUGCUACAUACAUUCGGAAGAAGGGUGGUAAAGUUGCUGGAGAUAGUCAACCAAAGGAGCAAGGACAGGGAGAUUUGAAAAAGAAGAAGAAAAAAAAGAAGGGAAAACUGCCUAAGAAUUAUGACCCAAAAGUGACCCCAGAUCCAGAAAGGUGGCUACCAAUGCGUGAACGAUCUUACUAUCGGGGAAGAAAGAAGGGUAAGAAGAAGGACCAGAUUGGAAAGGGGACCCAGGGAGCAACUGCAGGAGCCUCAUCUGAACUGGAUGCCAGUAAAACUGUGAGCAGCCCACCUACCUCCCCAAGACCUGGCAGUGCAGCAACAGCAUCUACAUCUACAAGUAAUAUCAUACCCCCAAGACACCAGAAACCCGCAGGGGCUCCAGCAACAAAAAAGAAACAGCAACAGAAAAAAAAGAAAGGUGGAAAAGGUGGUUGGUGAUUAGAAUAUUCUUGUUGUAGGCUAUUUUUAAACUAGUCUUAGUGACACUAGAACAUAAUAAAGGUGACACAGCGAGAAGCACAGAGCUGCUCCCUCUCCCAUCCCCACAUUUUCAUAAAAUUAUUUUUUUGUGCAUCAAAAAGGAAAACAUCUUCCUCAAACUCUGCCUAGUCAGACUUAUCCUACUUGUACCACUUAGCUUUGCACAGAUGGUGACUCACAAUAAUUGGGCAUUUACCUAUCUUG